AUCAUGCAAUGCAGUAGGUUGAAGUGCUCUUGAGACGACUAUAUGCGUCAAUUGCUAUGCUCUCGAGACCUAGGUCGAGGUUGGCGAUUCAUCUACCAGAGAUUCCUCCGCGCCCGCUCAUGCAUCGAACUCCUACUGUCUCCAUUUCGGACGUCACAAGAUCCUAACGUCAUCGCCACGAUUGCUUCCGCAGUCCCGCUGUGGCCAUCCGACGUGCCCGAUGGACGAUGAGAGUCUCAGCCUCAUACAUAGGUUUCAUGCUCUGGCUUGCUGUCCCGAAGUACUUGGUGGGAACAGGGGCCUGCUUACGAUGGUUGAAGAAAAUUCUAGAUACUUCAAGCCGUCUCAAAAUCUUGGACUUGUUUUUCCCCCUAAGAUUCGGAAGCGCCUCGAACUCCAAGCCCCGCAUCUACCGCAUACGUGCGACGAUCAUAUACGCUCACCGGUCUCCGAUAUUACACUGCUGUGGUCCGCAGCGGAUUCAUUUUCGCUCACGGACCAUCGCACCGACCGAAGAGGUUACCCGACGAUGCGGCAAUAUUUCGGUUGAGUUGCUCAGCCACACACAGCCACAUUGGCGCGGCACGGGCUGCGCGCUCUCGAUCGCCCCAUAAUGGCGGCGGGGCCGGAGGCGAAUGACGUUUUGGUCGAAACCAACCGGUCUGUGUUCAUUCUGGACGAUUUUUUCCGGAUCUCGAAGCACGGAUCUGCUGAUGUCUCUAGGUGGAACGG